GACCCCGGGGGGGGGGGGGGGUCCUGUGUGAAAGGCGAAGCACGCACCGAACGGCUUUUUUUCCCACGUGAAAAGGGGAAGGAGGAGUUGGGGACGGCACUGAAGAAAACUAGAAGCCGCGGAGCUCCUCGUAGGAGCCGCGGGGGCUCCGCAGCACCGGGGGGAAGUGUAAAAACCAUUGCCAUGGACCUCAUCGACCUCAUAUGCACAACUGUCAUAGUGCCCACGGGGAUAAAGAUCUGCCGGUGCUACCAGGACCAUAUCCGAUUGUUGAAGACCCCAGCACCUGUGAUAUUGUCAAGGCUACACAGUAUGGAAUAGUAGAGCGGUGCAAAGAACUGGUAGAAGCAGGAUAUGAUGUUCGACAACCAGACAAAGAAAAUGUGACUCUUCUUCACUGGGCGGCGAUAAACAACAGACAGGAGCUGGUUAAAUAUUAUAUUUCCAAAGGUGCAAUAGUGGAUCAGCUAGGUGGAGACUUGAAUUCAACUCCCCUUCACUGGGCCAUUAGACAAGGACACCUACCUAUGGUCAUGUUAUUGUUGAAAUGUGGAGCGGAUCCCAGUCUUAUUGAUGGGGAAGGAUUCAGUAGCAUUCACUUAGCAGUGCUGUUUCAACACAUGCCCAUUAUAGCUUACCUCAUAUCAAAAGGCCAGAACGUAGACACAACAGACUUCAAUGGGCAAACACCUUUAAUGUUAUCAGCACAAAAAGCAGUUGGACCAGAGCCCACGAGAUUUCUCUUAAAGUUUAACCCCUCUCUCAGUGCUGUAGACAAUGUUCAAAAGAAUACUGCACUGCACUGGGCAAUAACAUCAGGAAAUACUAGUGCAGUGGAUCUGUUGCUGGAAGCUGGUGCUAGCCUGGACAUAAAAAAUGCCAAGGGAGAGACACCGCUUGACCUUGCUUAUCAAAGUCUGAAUCGCUUCAUGGUUUAUAUGGUAAAAGAGGAGGAAAGAAUGAGAAGCAGAAGAAAUAACAGGCUACUGAAAAUAGUAGAGAAAUAUGAGCUCUUCCUGCUGUUGGCGUCUUCCUUGACGUUGAUGUGGGCCAUAGGAUACGUAAUGAACUUAAGUUCUGAUUCGUGGCUUCUGAAAGGAGGUCUGCUUCUCUUCCUGCUAUUUGGAAUGGCUCUGUUUGUAAGGCAAUGUGUGGGGCUCAAGAAUCUAAGGUAUCUUCCCACAGCAUUUCUGCUAAGUUCAGUUUUUUGGAUGUCUGUGACCUGUUUUUUCUGGUUCCUGCCUGGUGUAACCAGUACAAUUCUUGAAAUCGCUGUCGUGUUCAGCAUGGUGGGUCUUCUUUAUUAUUUCUAUAAAACUUGGAGAACUGAUCCUGGAUAUGUUAAGACUUCAGAAAAAGAAAGAAAAGAGAACAUUGUAGCUCUUGCAGAAGCAGGUUGCUUGGACUUCAGAACAUUUUGCACAUCGUGUCUUGUAAGGAAGCCUUUGAGAUCUAUGCAUUGUCUCGCUUGUGAUUCAUGUGUAGCCAAAUACGAUCACCAUUCUGUGUGGAUUGGACAGUGCAUAGGCAUUGGGAACCAUUGUUACUACCUAUUGUUCCUGUCUUUCCUAACUAUGACCGGUGUCUGGCUGCUUUAUGGAACUCUUCUGUAUUGGUCAAGCCAUUGUGCAACAAGUUACCAUCAAGAUGGAGCAUGGGCGUACUUCACACAGAUAAUAUCUUGCUCUCCGUGGGUUUCCUACAUCUUCGCAGUAGCCUGUUUUCAUACUGUAUGGGCUUCAUUGUGGCUAACUGUUCAGCUUUAUCAGAUUGCAUUCUUGGGAUUGACCUCGCAUGAAAGAAGGAGCCUCCUGAUACAGAGAAAAUCUUCUAAGCAUCCUGUUUCACUCAGGAGAACUCCAUACAAUCUUGGAUGCUUCCAGAAUCUUGCAGACUUUUUUCAGUGCAGUUGCUUUGGUAUGUUUAAACCCAAUGUAGUUGACUGGACCAAGCAAUACAACCUUUUUCAUCUGGCUAAGGAAAAAAAUGUUCAUUCUGUAUGAAGCUUUGCUUAAUUUUAAAACCAUUGAGCUGAAAGCUAAAUAAAACUGGAUAUUUUGUUAAUUUUUACAAAUUCUUCUGAAGGUGCUUGGUUUUAUUUUUAUUAUUGUUUCAAAUAUUAAACCUAUCUUGCACAAGCUACAGCAGGUUUGUAUAUGGAACAAUCACUAUGUGUAUAUAUAGUUUGAGCUGAAACUAUUUGAAAUUUUAUGUGAUGGGAUGACACCACGAAUAUAUAUUUUUAAAGGUAAGGUUUUUAGGGCAGAACUUCAAACCCAUGUUGGUAGCCUUUGCUUUAUUUUGCAGAUAAUAAAAGAAAACUACAUUUGAAAAUUAAGGGGAAUGUUCAUAUUUAAAAAUUUAAUAUUACAAUUACCCUGCAAUUUUAUUGCUUAUGUUGUGAAAACCUCUAUUAAAUCUUUGUGUUCAGAGGAUUUACAUGUAAUAAAACAGAGCUUUCAUGCUUCUACGUGUAUUUUUACAGACUGAAAUAGAUUCAAGGGAUAUGUGACCAGUGAGGUAUUUAAGAACAGGUAUGCACAAAACCUAAGAAAAAGCCUGACUCUUUGCCUUAUGUUUUGCACAUAUACAUGCCCUGUUAGUGUAUGAAAAUGGGUAAGUUGAUGAUGGAAAAUAGCAAUGUAUAUAAAAAGAGGGAAUUAUUCCCAGCCGCAUGCGUAGAUCUUUAAUAGCUAGAUGUCAGCCAUGUUCCCAAGAAAAGGCUACAACGUCAGUCUGGAGCGGCCAGCUGGGCAGUGUGGUUUUGAAUAUAAGUCAAAUUAGGUAAUAAUGAAAACCAGCAGGGAAACAGAUCAAGAUCAGAAAAUUAAGGUUACAUAUCAUCUAGAACUGACAACAUAAGAGUGAAGUAGUGUAACGAAACGCAAUUCUUAUUGUUAAGAAACGGGAGAUUUCAUUUAUCUUGUGAAACGCAUUAAUCUGUGACAUUGUAGAACAUAAAGGCACAAGCAAAUCCAAGUAAAAA